AUGACUGGUGUUGAUAACGUCAUCGAGAUCCUCUCGGACUCGGACUCGGGCGAGGGCGAUGGCGACGAUGUCGCAGUCGGCGUCGAUGACAGCAUUGGCUCGAGCUCGCCUGGCAGCUACGAGUCGGCCAGCUACUCGGGUGUCAGCCCGCUGCUUCCCACAAGGAGCUUCGCCCCGAGCGACGCAGCUGACGACGGCGAGGUCGUGUUUAUCGGCGAGCGCGUCCGCCCGCGCCGCCCGCCGCCGGCCAGGCCGCACGCACGCAGCCAUCGGGCACGUUCCUCUGUACGCCCGGUCGACGACGUGGUCGCGGUCCCUGCGCCGCCGCCGGUCACGGCCACUUCCGCGCCGCUCAUUCGCGUCGCGCUCCAGUGCGCCGUCUGCCUUGACGCGAUAACGACGCCCACCUCGACUACCUGUGGACACGUCUUCUGCAAGCUCUGUAUUCGCAAGGCAAUCUCGCGGACCCGCCGGUGUCCGAUGUGCCGCAAGUCGCUCACGUUGCGGCAGACCCAUCCGAUCUUCUUGCCCGAGGCGCUGUGACUCGCCCUCGUCUCAGUCAGUCACGUCGAGCUCGUACCGCUCGUACAACUCGGUCACCCGAACACCCUCCAUCACCGCGAGCUUGCCCAAAAGCUCCACCGCCACGUCGCGCAUCUCGUUGUACUGGUGCAGCGCCUCGAUGUACGCAUCGUACUCGGCGUCGAGCUCGGCUGCGGUCCGCCCGCGGGCAACGCCUGGUCGCACCUCGUCCAGCGUCUGCAGCACUUUGGCCAACUCAUUUUCCAGCGCCGCCGCCGCCACGCCUGUGUAGUGCGCACACACAAACGACAUGCCGCCAAGCUGGCGGACUCUUGCCCCGCUCCCAGGCCCGUGCACGCCGCCCUCGUCGUGUUCUACGACCUUUUUUAGACACGCGGCACUCGCCGCCCCGUCGUCACCACCUUCCCCACUCUUGCUCGCGCACAAUGCCUCCCAUGCCACCGCCCACGGCACAGGCGCGCCUUGCUCGUGACCGCCUAUUCCAACCUUGAUUAACGCAUCUAGUGCCUCGCA